AUGACAAUUCACGAGUGUCAUCUCAAUCCCUACGCCGCUCGGCGCAUACUCUGGGCCGGCGACCGCGCCCAUAUUCCCCUGCAGCCUCUCUGCUGCACCUACUCGCAAGCUGCAGAUCUCAUCGCCGACAACAUAGCCAAUGUUCUGCAUGGCCCCACUGGCCAUCCUCCCCACGACCCCUUCUACAAGAUCAAAGAAAACUGGAGACGUUCCAACCUCUCUGAUCUCGCGGCUGUCAUCAAAACCCCCUGGUUGAAAGGUAAGAAAGAACAAGAUCUUCUCGAUUUAUAUUUUUCCUAUUUCAACGCCAUGAUUUUUGGAGGCGCGCUCAAUACCAUGAGAUGUACGAUGAAGCUCGAAGAGCCGAAUGCGGAACAGAAGGCGAGAAAUGUGUUGGGUACGACGGUUGAUAAGAGAGGACAAAAGACUACCACGAGACAUAAUGAGAAAGGUUCUGGAAUUCGAAGAAUCGGGAUGACGGGGCAUGGACUGCAAUGGCAACGAGCGGCGAGGAGUAUUGAGAGUUUUGCUAGACAGGGGUUGAGAUUGGAUGUUCGGUUAGGGAGGGAAGAAGCAUUGGGAUUGGAAUUGGUGAUUGCGGAUAAGGAGAUUUGGUACGUGGACUUGGAGAAGAUGGGGAUGGAUAAGGAAGUUGUGAAUCGGGAGAUGGAUUGGUUUGCGCAUGUUUUUAUGGAGGAGUUGGAGGAACGGAAGAAGAUUGAAAAGGAAAGGGAAGAUCAAUUGGACAAAUUAGAACAUGAAAGAGUGGAAAGAGAAGAGGAGGAAGAACUAGCAAAGGAAGAAUGGGAAAGAGAAAGACCCGAACGAGAAGCGAAGGAAAGACAAUUGCUAAAGAGUCAUAGAUCACGUAUUCAUGAGAGUUUGCGAGGAAUGAGCAGGAGAGCGAAUGGGAAGAUUUUCAAGAGGAUCGCGAAACCGGUCCGCAAACCGCUUGCUAAAUCGACGAUUCGACUAGAUGGUGAAGAUGCGACUGCGUCUUCAGAACCCUCUCUUCCUAAUUUUCUCCUCGCGCGAAGAACGCAUUUCGCGACCGAAAAUGUAAAAUCCAGCCCGGCUACUGAUAGAUAUCUCAAGAACCCGAAACCAAGACAAGCAUAUCCGUAUAUACGGAGAACGGUCAAUCCUAAUAUUCCUAGUAUAAAUGGAAAAUUUAAGAUAGGAAUGGAGGUAAGCAAACAUACAUACGAGAACAGAGAAAGGAAAACAAAGAGAAUGGGGGGAAGUGGAAUGGCUAAUGUGAAGAUUCUGGAUCUAGAGAAAUUUUGGAAUCUGGAUGAGUGUGCGGAGGAGGUUUAUAGGGUGAGGUAUUAUUAG